AUGGUCACGUUCAAAGCAGGAGACAACCUAAAGGACGUUGCUGCCCGAGAGACCCCAUCCAUGCUGACUGAGUAUUUCGUGGCUAACCAGGAGCACGCAUGGGCUCGGGAUAUUCUUUACAAAGAUUUUCCGAGAAGCUUCACAUGGAAAAAAGCAAAAUACUGGAAGAAAAGGGACAAGGGUCAACAAGUAGGCCGGAUCGUGUCAGCCCAUCCUGUUGAGGGGGAUCGGUACUUUCUGAGGGUGCUACUAAACCACGUACCAGGCUCAAGGUCCUUCGAAGAUCUCAAAACAGUGGACGGUGUGCUAUGCGAUAACUUUCGUGAGGCCGCCGAGAGGAGGGGUCUCAUCGAGGCCGACAACACGCUCGACGAGUGUCUUACCGAGUCGGAGCAGUUCGCCAUGCCAGCCUCACUAAGGAGGCUCUUCGUAACGAUCUUAGUAUUUUGCGAGCCUGGAGAUGUGCACGGUCUUUGGGAUGACCGCAUCCAGGAUUCCCCGCGUCAGAGCAGGUCGCCGCCGGGUUGA